CACACCCUGGCUUCAAAUUUGCCUGCAUUUUUCCUUUUCACUCUCUCGGAUCGAUCAUCACAAGCUAGCACACUUCUGGCAUGUCUUGUCUGAGUGUGAAGCUUCCCCCUGCUACAAAGAUAUGGAAAAGCUUCACCUCUAAACUCCAAAGCAAACUGCACAAGCUCCAGCGGUCUAAAGUCAUCAAGAAACCCCAAAACAGGCUCAAGAAAACAACCGCCGUGCCCGGCUUUGGCGUUUGGCCUUCCCUCCUUUCUGAGCAACGCUUCCAACGUAAAAAUGUACGGCUUGUCCAUGCACACCACGUUGAUCAUCUUCGCUACCAUCGACAAGUACGCGUCUUCGAGAAGAGAAGUACUGCACAGCUUGUGUAUGUCGAUAAACUCUUCAAAGAUCAGCCCGGGGCUGAUCAGCUGGUGGAACAUGUCCAGCCACUGCAAACAAGUUGUCAGCCUAGCGCAAAGAACAUGAAGCACCUUGAUCAGCCAGCUGUAGUAAUGCAGCAGCAGCAGCAGCAAGGUGGCAGAUUGCCCGAGAAAGCUAUAUCGGGAGAUGAUAUGUGGGAGUCACUGGUGUUGGCCUCGCCUCUGCUGCGCGGCGUAGAUGAAAGAGCAGAGGAAUUCAUUGCGAAAUUCAGGGCUGAAAUGGAGGUUCAGGAGAUGUUCGCACGCGUUUUGUAGCGACUGCUUGCCUCUUACAAUCUUGAUCUUUUUUCUUUUUCUUUUCCUUUUAAACAAGAAUUAAUGAAAUAAACAAAGGUCUGGGGAACGCUGAGAGAAGAGGGAAGUGUAGGUACGUAGUACUUUUGUAUAGACUGUAAAUAGUGUAUAUAUAUUGGACGUCUUUUGUCUAUAUAUAGUUUGGCGAUCUUCCAAGCCAUAGGUUCGCUUUCUUUCA